AUGGCCAGCGAACAGGAAUACGCUCUGGAAGAAGUCAACACCACGAGGGUCGCACCAGAUGACAUCGAUAAGACUUUCCGCUCAAGCAGCAUAGACUUGAUCUCAGCUGCCCUGGGUGGAAAGAUUCUUGCUUUUUCAGAUGAAUGGUUUGCCGAGGCCUCCAAUCUGUUGACGCCCACCCCUCCCAUCAGACAGCCGGGUAAGAUGGUCUACACCGGAGCCUGGUACGAUGGCUGGGAGACGAGACGCCAUAAUCCCGAACCUUUCGACUGGGUUAUUGUCCGCCUUGGUGUCGCCUCUGGAACUGUCGAGGGUGUCGAGGUCGACACGGCCUUUUUCUCCGGCAACCACGCCCCCUCAAUCUCAGUGGAGGGGUGCUUCAACCUCAAUGACGACGAAGUCGUCUCAUGGAAGGGAGGCAGAGGCCAGUGGGAGACCAUUAUUGGCAACGAGGAGUGUGGACCCUCGCAGCGUUUUGGAUGGAAGCUGGCCGAGCCCAAGAAGAAACAGUAUACCCACGUCCGUCUCAACAUGUAUCCAGACGGAGGCAUUGCGAGAUUCCGUUUGUUCGGCCACGCCGUGCCUGUCUUCCCCGAAGACAAGGAAGCCAUCUUUGACCUAGCCGCGGCACAGAAUGGGGGUGUUGCCAUUUCGUGUAGCGACCAACACUUUGGCACCAAGGACAACCUCCUUCUGCCAGGCCGCGGCAAGGAUAUGGGCGAUGGCUGGGAGACGGCGAGAUCGCGGACCAAGGGCCAUGUCGACUGGACGAUUAUUCGCCUCGGAGCUCCAGGCUACGUGCAGAACGUAGUUGUUGACACGGCGCACUUCCGCGGCAACUUCCCGCAAAAGGUCAAGGUCGACGCCCUUUCGUGGAUUGAGAGUGGCGAACCUGGGGCGGACGCUGCCGGCUGGACGGAGAUCGUAGUCCCAAGCAAGUGCGGCCCAGACCAGGAGCACGACUUCCCGAGCGCAGUCAAGGACAAGGCUAUGACACAUGUCAAAAUUACCAUUAUUCCGGACGGAGGAGUCAAGAGACUGCGUGUAUUUGGAAAGAGGGCGUAG